AUAACAAAUCAGUGCUCAAAAACAUACAUACACACAUAAACUUACAAACAUGUACAUAUUUAAAUGCGAUGAUACUGCAAUUUGAUGCAUAAGUCAUACUAGCGCAGUCUCUGUAUCAUAUACAUACAUACAUACGUUUUGAAAAUUAUACGUAAAGCCCAAAUUGAGAACACACAACCGUUUUUGAAAAGAUUUUCAAUAUGAGAUGUGAUGAAGUAUAGGUGAAGUCAAAGAAUGGAAGGACUCAACACAGCAAUUAAAAAACGCACGCAUGAUCAGCAGAAUAACGAUUUGUUACACACCUAUUGCCGCCAACACAGAAAAAUUUAAUGGAUAUCAGUAAGAAGUUAUACACGAAAGGACUAAGUACAUAUCGCUGUUAGACCGACCAAGCUCAUUUUUUCUAAAAAAAACUUUUGACAUGGCAACUCUGAAGUGGACUUAAUGACCGGCCCAAUGAUAACAUGUCAGUCUAACUAAACUUUUCUGAUAAGCAAAUCUUUAGGAAACCUAGAGAGAAAGAACGAUGGCGACCAAACCAAUAUUCACCUUUAGACGUGCAAAAAUUGAUGAUAUCGGCGCUGUACGUGAAAUGAUACAGGAAUUGGCUGAUUUCGAAAACAUGAGCGAUGGUCCAAAACUAACAGAGAAAGAUUUAAUACGCGAUGCCGGACUCGAUGGUGGCCAAGAAUUUUGUCAUAUAUAUGUGCUCGAGCUUCAAAGCGCAGAACAAUCCACACCCGUGACCAUAGGUUAUAGUAUUUGUUUCUACUCCUACUCAACAUGGCAAGGGAAAUCAUAUUUUCUUGAAGAUAUUUAUGUACGACCCACAUAUCGUAAGAUGGGUGCCGGCGCUUAUUUGUUCAGUUCUGUUGCAGCAAAAGCGAAGGAAUAUGGCUGUCAACGUUUGGAUUUUCAUGUGCUUGGCUGGAAUCCAGCGCGAAAAUUCUACAAUAGAAUGGGUGCUGUGGAUUUGACCGAGAGUGAGGAAUGGCAUUUUUAUCGGUUGCAUGGUGAAAAAAUCGAGAAAUUGGCCAAUGGAUUAUAGCGCUCUUACAAUAAAAUAAUAUUCAACUUUUAUGCGCACUGUUUCCUAAUUAUAAAUUUAUUUAACUAAAAGUUGGGAAAAACGUUAGUUUCUUCGAAAAUGUAUUUAUUAGUAAUAAUAUAAUAUUAAAUUGUAAAAGCAGCACUUUACUGAAAUAUAGAAAGCUCCAAAAGGAAUGUCACUUAUAAGUCCAAUGUUGCUACCUUUCACUUGUGAAUACAAUCAGACUUUUUAACUGUUUUAGCAACAUACUAUCAAAUUAUAUAAGUGUCUGGGCGAACUUUCUAAAUUACAGUAAGAGUAUGCAAUUUCAGUACAUCACUUAGUUUAGCAAAAAAUUAGCAUUUUCUAGCAAUUAUGUUUUACUAAACAAACUCUUUUUUUUAUGAGUACGAACACUAUUUUUUUCCAAAAUAUUGCAACAAUAAUACUUUCACAGAUUGCCUUUGAAUAAAAUUAUAGUAAUUUGUAAAUAUUCA